AUGGAUCUUAUAUUAUAUAAUGACAAUUUAACAGAAAAGAAAACAGAGAAGGAAAAUGUAAUAGAGCAUGGUCGUGGUUUUAAAAGAUGGUAUCCAUAUAUUGACAAUGGAGGAACUGUCAUUGGCUUAACUGGUAAAGAUUAUGUUAUUCUAGCUGCAGAUACAAGAUUAUCUUUAUCAUAUUCAAUAUAUACAAGAUUCUGCCCAAAGAUAUCUAAAUUGACUGAUAAGUGUAUUAUAGGUUCCUCAGGAAUGCAGUCUGAUAUAAAAACACUCCAUUCAUUAUUACAAAAAAAAAUUCAAUUGUUUGUUUUGGAACACUCCCAUUAUCCAGACAUUCAUGUUAUAGCUAGAUUGUUGUGUGUAAUAUUAUAUAGUAGAAGAUUUUUCCCGUAUUAUGCUUUUAAUAUCUUAGCAGGAGUCGAUGAAAAUAAUAAAGGAGUCUUAUACAAUUAUGAUUCCGUUGGUUCAUAUUGUGAAGCAACCCACUCCUGUGUUGGUAGUGGUUCCCAAUUAAUAUUACCAAUAUUAGAUAAUAGAGUUGAACAAAAAAAUCAACUAAUUAAAAAUACCAAUUUUAAUUUGGGUGAUGAUAUUAAUUUUGUUAAGGAUGCUAUUACUUCAGCAACUGAAAGAGAUAUUUAUACAGGAGAUAAAACGUUAAUUUAUGUAAUUGAUAAAAUGGGAAUAAAUGUAAACACUUUGGAUUUAAAACAAGAUUAA